UUUUUCACAUCGUGCUAGUACAGUAGCGGUGAAACAUAUAGACCUACAGGAGCAGCUACGCCUUCUCAGCUGUGUCUGCUGUAAAAAAAAUUUUGUUGUUGAGGAACGGCUGAACCGCGAUGCGGCGACUCAUCAUAUUUAGCUUACUAACCUUGAGCCCAGGAUUGUUUGCGAGUGCCUGUGAAAUUGAAAUUAGCCCCCCGAGUAUUGUGGUGAGAUUUGGAGAUUCCUUGUUAGCCAACUGCAGCUUGCCAUCAUGCAAGGUGAACGGAAUUGGCUGGGAGUCUUCAUUUGGGGGAAUAGGAUUACAAACAGGGGUCUCUUCGUUGCCCUUGAAAAUUGAAAAAGUGGAAGCCUGGGAAAUAGAACCACAGUGUUAUGUUAAUACACUAGACCCUCGCACUGGUACAUCAGCCCAGCUCAUUGAAGACCUAAAAGUCACUGUUUACCAAAUGCCAGACAGUGUGUUCAUGUCUCAGGCUUCAAGUAAAAUGGUGGAGGGUCAACAGUAUCUCAUUGAGUGUCGCAUUAACAAUGUUGCACCAGUGAGCAAUCUCUCCAUGUUUUGGCACAAAGGAAAUGAGAUAUUCCACAAAGAGACAUUUAAGGAGUCCAGUUCAAGUCCACACAAUGUUUCAUCUAAUUACAGACUGACUGCCCACAGAGAUGACAAUGAAAAUCAAAUCUGGUGUGAAGCAAAGCUAAACUUAUGGCCAUAUGGACAAGGUCCUCCCCCGAUGAAAUCAGAGUUGCGUAGAAUGACUGUACUCUACCCACCAACCUUCAUGAAGUCUGCAAACGAGACAGUGGAAGUUGCUGCUGGUGGGAACGUAACUUUAAACUGCACAGCGACUGCGAACCCCAUGCCAGUUUAUAAAUGGCAUUUCUCAGACGCCACACAAGAGGAGGUCAACAAGCAACAAAUGAAUGAGCCCAUUUUGACUUUGUCUUUUCAUCUUCAAGGAAACUACAGCUGCACAGCCUCUAAUUCGCAGGGCAGCACUAGCAAAUAUUUCACAGUCAUCGAAACUGAAGGGGAUCGAACAGCCUUCAUAGCCAUAGUGACAUCACUCGUGCUCGUUGGAGUCCUGCUCGUCAUUGGUGGUCUAUACUUUGUGAAACAGGAUGGAACAUUUUCUUUCAAAGGACGGGGUCCCUCAGAAGUUAUAUGAAGCAGACAUUUUUUUAAUGAGUAUUUGCAUGGCUUUGUUGUUGAAAUUGUGUUUUCAUUUACAUGACUUUAACUGUGAGGGGGGGGCUUUGUCUGUGCUUCAUUCUCGGUUGGUGUUUGUCUGGUCCUGCCUGGCUGAUUAAAUCACCACCAAUCAAAUGUUGUAUUAACAAGCACUACUUUAACUACAUGGAGAGGGUGUUUGAAUGCACUGUAGAACUUUUAAAGAAGCAACAGGCCAACAAUCAGACCUACUUUUAAAUAAUGACUCACUCUCUUUAAAUGUUGAUGGGACGCUGGCUACUUUCCUUUUAUGGUGGGCUUCUCCUUUCAGCUACUUUCUGUUUCACUUUCACUCUGACUUAGAGUUAUAUAAUCUUGGACAUCAUCAGAACAGAACAUUCUCUAUUUUCAAGCUGUACUUACCCCUGUAAAAUCUUUGUCACACAUUUACACAUAUACAAAGCUGACCACAGACUGGAUACAGGAGUGCAUGUAAACACACACACACACACACACAUUCAAAUCAGUAUUGAAUGCUGAGACAUUGGCACCAAACUCUGCUGCUCUACUGAGCAUUAAAGCUUCUACACUGUCAGAGAAAGGAUUGAGAAGGAGUACAUUUCUGUCCCCAUGGUACAAUUAGGACUUGUGUACCCUCUUGGACACAUAACUGGACAUGUGUACCUCUGUGAAGGCCUGAAAGGUACAAGUAUGUCUCCAGGUAGUAAAUGGUGAAUAUAUAUAUAUAUAUAUAUAUUGCUUCUUCUGAUGUUAGAGUAUAUCAUCAGGAGACAGUCUGUGUUGGGGGAAAAGGGAAAACAUACAUGGUUAAAGCUCAUCUUACAAAUUAAAGCUUUACAUUUCCCUUAGCAGUUGCCAAAGAUUUCCAUAAAAGGUACGACACUAUGGUAUGAGAUUAUGAAACUUUUUUUUUUUUUUUUACUUGUUUGACAUUAUCUUCCUUUAUUUUGGGCUGGCUGUAGCUUGGAAGGAAAAGAGAUUGUCUGCCAUUUAAGGGGUUAGUGGUUUAAGUCCAUUUUUCCCCAGACCACAUGUCAAAAUACCCUUUAGCCAGACACAGAACUCCAUGUUGCCUCUGAUGCCUUCACAGGCACGUGAAUGUGUGUGAUGGAAAAGAAGGCAUUAUCUUCGUUUUGGCUUGUGAUUUUCUACUUUUAAAUCAGAGUAUAGCACAACUUCUAAGGAUACAAAAUUGCACAAACUACAAGAGCACAAAUAAGUAGGCUACCCACUGCUGAUGUUGAAGGUACCACACCAGUAACGACCUUUUGUACCCUUGUAGUUACAGUUAGACACUUGUUUUUUUAGAGUGUAGCUCAUAUUUAUCUUUUUAUUUGCAGAUCAGAUCAUCUUACUGUAAAAAACCUGUAUCAGUAGUAUCUUAUACAGCCUUUGCAUACAUAAUGUUCAUUAAUCUCAGCUAAAACCCAGGAAUAUUUCUUGGUGUUGCUGAGAUUUUUUUGUGUUUAACAUGUCCAUUAGACUCAUCUAGGUUUUUGUCGUUUACCUCUUGUUGAUAAAACUGUGUUCUAAAAUAAUUAUUUGUUGGAAGUUUCUAAGAUCAGCAUCACAUGAUGGUGUUGCAGCUGCAGCUUUUGAGAUCUUCAGUCGCCACACCAGCAGAUGAUCGCUUUUCCAAGUCUUCACAUAUGUAAUGGUUUUAUUCUCAGGUAAUACACCUUACCUAAGACUUUGGGAUGAGCUCUUGAAUCAAACAUUAUGCUAUAUGUACAACAUUACACAGCUUUGAGAAAGUUUCUUUUUUGGGGGUGGCGGGCUACUUUUUAUAUGCAUCUUUACAUGAUGAUGAUGGAUAAUGCAAUGGUACAAGUAAUCAGCUUUAACUUCUUUGUACACAUAAUCCUAAUUUUGAGGCACAAUUGAGUUGUCUUUGUCAUGCCUUAACCAUUCAUAAUGCUUGUAUUGCAUUUUAAUGAAACUCUUCAGUACAGCUGCCGUAAUUGCUCAACACUGUGCUGAAAACAAUGUUAUUUUUUCAGUGAUGUUUGUAAGUCUUUCCAUGUUUUGUAAAAUUAUUAAGUAAUUUGACAUUUGUUUGUGAUGCUGUACCUGUUAAAUGUUGAACCUUUUCUGCACUUAUUAGUGACUGAACAUGCCAUGUUGUGUCCAGACCUUUCUAUGAUGAAACAGUCGAUUGCUAUUUUGAACCUACCUGACUUUAAAUAGUCUUUAGGCAUAAGUGAAAACCUUGCUUGAAAAAUAAUUUUUACAUAUUGCAUAAGUUGAAUUAAGUGUAAAGACAGACACCUGAUUGCUGUAGGUCAUGUUAAAGAGAGUGUCAAUUAAAAUGUUAAUGUGUU